AUGUCGCUUUAUAUCCUCGACUACGGCGCAGGAAAUGUGCAGAGUCUUGCCAACUCUCUCACCCGUCUCGGGUACGCGUUCGAGUGGAUAUCCACCCCAGACGACUUCCACAAGGCAUCUAGCAUCGUAUUCCCCGGUGUAGGCGCAUUUCACACCGCGGUCGAACACCUACGCGCCCGCGCCCUGUGGGAUCCUCUCCGUCAGUACAUCCAAUCUGGCAAACCUUACUUUGGCAUAUGCGUCGGCCUCCAGGUCCUCUUCCAGUCCUCCGCAGAGUCUCCCGGGAGCAUCGGACUUGGGAUCAUACCCUCCCCCAUACAACGCUUUGAUGACACCAGCAAGGCAGUCCCCCACAUGGGCUGGAAUACCGCACAACUUUUCCCCUCCGAGCCCUCCUCGUCAUCCUCUUCCAUUACUUCACCAUCAAAUCACUAUUAUUUUGUCCAUUCCUUCCGCGCUCCAUACGACCCAGAGAAAUACCCAGAGGCUGCAUCCUGGGCCCACGCCACAACGCAGUACGGGCAGGAAGUCUUUAUCUCUGUCGUCCGCCGUGGCAAUGUGUUUGGUACCCAAUACCACCCCGAAAAGUCUGGACAAGCUGGCCUUGACGUCCUCCGCGAGUGGCUUGAUCAGACAGACGUCCAGCGCACAGCAGCGCCACCGACAAAUCCCAUACCUCGCCCUCCACAACCCCGCGAUGGGCUCACCAAGCGCGUCAUAGCGUGUAUGGACGUCCGGAGCAACGACGCUGGUGAUCUAGUCGUCACAAAGGGCGACCAGUAUGACGUCCGCGAAAAACCCAACCAAGGCUGCCCUUCAUCCACCGCGCUCACUCAGGAGACCGCCGGUACGGUCCGCAACCUGGGCAAGCCCGUCGUCCUCGCCGAGCGGUAUGCCGCCUCUGGCGCAGACGAGCUCGCCUUGCUCAACAUCACCUCCUUCCGCCGUUCCCCGCUGCACGACCAGCCUAUGAUCGCCGUCGUCCGCGCAGCAGCGGCACGCGUCUUUGUUCCCCUCACCAUCGGCGGCGGCAUCACGGACAGCGUCGACCCGGACGGCACCCACCGACCCGCGCUCGAGGUGGCAGGCGCAUACUUCCGCGCGGGCGCCGACAAGGUCAGCAUCGGAUCCGACGCCGUUCGCGCCGUCGAGCGGCUGCGCGCGAACAGCAACGUCCUGGAUGGAACAAGCGCGAUCGAGACGAUCGCCCGCGCGUACGGGAACCAGGCCGUCGUCGUCUCCAUCGACCCCCGACGCGCCUUCGUUGAUCCGGGCUACACUGGUCCGCACGCGGGCGAGAUUGUGCGCGGCGGACCGGGAGACGGCGAGGACGCAGACAAGGCAUGGUGGUACCAGUGCACCGUCUCGGGCGGACGUGAGGCGCGCGACCUAUCCGUCGUGGAGCUUGCCCAGGGCGCAGAGAAGCUGGGUGCGGGCGAGCUGCUGGUUAAUAGCAUCGAUCGGGACGGGACCGGGCGCGGGUUCGAUCACGCCCUCCUCAGUCUCGUUCGACGCGCCGUCCGCAUCCCUGUCGUAGCGAGCAGCGGCGCUGGCUCCGCCGCGCAUUUCGUCGACGUGUUCCGCGAGACGGGCGUGGAGGCUGCACUGGCGGCAGGCAUCUUCCAUCGAGAAGAGGUGCGCAUCGAAGACGUGAAGCGUGCUCUAGCCGACGCAGGGAUCAGCACACGAGCUAGUUAG